AUGUCCACUAGUAAAUCACUGCUGUUGCGUCAAGAAAGCGUAGAUUCCUCGGUAGCCAAUGUCUUACCAAGUUCCCCAUCGUUAUCCUCGCUCAAUCGUUUACGUGAUACAUUUCGUCGUACGGAAAGUUUAUCCUCUCAGUUAAGUGCUAUGGUAUCAAAUGCAGCAUCAGCUGCGUCCGGUGCCGUUUUGGGCACCAGCCAAUAUCAGACACCAUCAACUGGUGGUGUGGCAUCGGAAGCUUCAUCAGCAACCACCUCACAAGUUUCAAGUCCUGUCAAACGACGUAAGCCCGGUGACAGUAGCAGCAACAAUAGCAAAACCAGCGGCACCAGUGGUGGUGGAGGUAUUGUUAAAAACACAACAACAACGGGCAGAAUUAACAGGACAUCUGUAACAACGGCAACUGCAAAAAAUAAUAGCAGCGUAACUAAAACUACAACAACAAAUCAAACGCAAUUAAGGCAAAAACAACAACAGCAGCAGCAGUCAACCCAAAGUGCAACAACCAACAACAAGACAUCCUUUACCAAUAAAGCUAUGCAACAUAGCAGUAAUAAUAGUACCAAACAGCAGGGUAAUUGUCCUCCCCCAGCUGGGGUGAAGUUACGGGCAAAACCGCAAGCACAGCAAAAACAACAACAACAGCAACAAAAGCUGAAGUCAGAUAAUCAUCAUAACAACAAUUCGUCAUCAACAACAUCCUCUGCAGCAGUGGUGGCCCCGGGAAAAGUUGAUUCGUCAUCCACAUCAUCACCUGGCAAAGUCGCCGCCUUAUCAACAUCUACGAAGCCCACACAUGGCCACAAUACCACAAGUGAGGAAAUUUCUGGCGGUGUCCAGGAUACCAUUUAUUUAUGCAACUUUCGGGUAUCCGUUGAUGGUGAAUGGCUAUGCCUAAAGGAGCUGCAAGAUAUCGAUAGUACCCCAGCACCCAUUAGUGCUUCGUCGGGUGUAUUGGCUGGUAGUGGUGGUGGUGGCGGUUCUAGCAAUAAUCGCAAUUCUCAAUACUCGCAAAAGAAUAAACGCUAUUCGGCUGGUGAUCGUCACUCCUAUGCGGGCAGUGGCAGCGGCGGUGGUGGCCCCUUCGAGGAUAAUGGUAUAUUUGCUUUACACAAUUUUAUAGCUGGUCGUCGUCUGUUUGUCGAUGAGCAAGAGCACGCUUUUAGAACAAAUAUGCUUAUGGCACCACAUGCACGUGAAAGUGGUUUUGUUGGUGUUUUCGGUGGUGGUGGCAACGGUGCUUCAAAUGAAUGGUCAAAUCUUUCACGUGAUCCAGCCGAAAUUGAACGCAGUAAUUUGGUAAAUAUUUGUAAAUUAGUAGUCAAAGAGCUACUAGAACAAUCGGUACGCUAUGGUCGGAUGUUGGAUUCGGAUCAUUUACCAUUGCAACAUUUUUUCAUUGUCAUUGAACAUGUGCUGGGACAUGGUUUGCGAACAAAAAAGGGUUUAUUGGGUCCACGCAAAGAGCUGUGGGAUCUAUUGCAGUGUGUUGAAACCUAUUGUCCUGAGGCACAAGAUAUAACAGCCAGUGUACGUGAUUUACCCACGGUGCGUACACAUAUAGGUCGUGCCCGGGCCUGGUUGCGUAUUGCUUUAAUGCAAAAAAAGUUGGCCGAUUAUCUGCAGGCGUUGAUCGAACAUCGUGAAGAUGCUCUCUACGAUUACUAUGAACCACAUGCUCUCAUGAUGAGUGAUGAGAUUGUUAUAAUAAUGGGCAUAUUAGUUGGCCUAAAUGUUAUCGAUUGUAAUUUAUGUGUUAAAGAAGAAGAUUUAGACUCACAGCAAGGUGUUAUCGAUUUUUCAUUAUAUCUACGUUCAAGUUCUCGCAACAAUGAUAUGGAAGAGGACAGUAACCAACAGCAACAAAAUCAAUCACAAACAAAUAUGGAUGCGAAUGGUCAGGGUAAUAUGAUUGCUGUAUUGGAUCAGAAAAAUUAUAUUGAAGAAUUAAAUCGUCAUUUAAACGCAACGGUGGCAAAUUUGCAGGCCAAAGUUGAAUCGUUGACCACAACAAAUGCAUUAAUGAAAGAGGAUUUGGCUAUAGCCCGAAACAGUUUGUUAGCAUUACAAGCCGAAAAUCAGGCUAUGAGGCAAAAUUCUAUAGCAAGUAUUGGUGGUGGUGACAAUAUUUCAAAUAAUUCCAAAGACAGCAACGAUAAAAAUGCUGUGGAAGCUCUGAAAAACGAAUUGGAUAAGGAAAAGAAAAAGACGGUGGAAUUGGAAAAAGAAUUAAAACUGCAAAUCGCUUUAAAAGCUGAAUCGGAUAUGGCUAUGAAACUGCUGGAAAAGGAUAUACAUGAGAAACAGGAUACCAUCGUUUCGUUACGGUUGCAAUUGGAUGAAAUUAAACAAAUCAAUUUGGAAAUGUAUCGUAAAUUACAGGAAUGUGAAUCAUCGCUAAAACACAAGACGGAAGUUUUGAAAAAAUUAGAGUCACAAAAAGAAUACAUGGCCACAACGAUAGCCACCUUAGAACAAAAAUGGAGCAACGAUAAAGUGAAUUUAGGUGAAAUUCUCAAGACUACCUCACAAACCUUAUCUACUCAGGUUAGCGCUUCCGAAGAGCGUGCAACACGUGCCGAAAAUGAACUAAAAAAAGAACACGAAUUGCGGAUAGCAUUGCAGGAAUCUGAAUUGCAGCUGAAGGAGAAAAUAAUUACGCUAGAAAAUCAAAUAAAAGAACUCAGUGCCGAAGUACAAUCAACGAGACAACUAAAACCUGAACUAGAAAAAUUACGACAUCAAUGGUCAGAGGCUCAAAUUACCCUCGAAGAAUUGGGUAUACAAUUAAGUGAAAGUAAACUGAAGGUUUCCGAACUGAAGGAGAAGGAAAAACUGCAACAGGAUAUGUUAAAUAACUCAAUGUCUUCGUUAGUGAGUGCUGGUAGUGGAGGGGCCAGUACUGGACUCUGGGCACCCGAUUCAAUAACCACGCAUUGUACCAGUUGUCGAAAAGAAUUCAAUUUAACACGACGCAAACAUCAUUGUCGCAGUUGUGGUGAGAUUUUCUGUAAAGCCUGUUCCGAUCACACACUGCCGCUGCUCAAUGAAAAUGGUCAAGUGGGGAAACCGGUGCGGGUUUGUCUAUCCUGUUUUGCUUCACAUAAAUGA